GCCGUCGCACUGACACAAAACCCAUGACUCCGAUGGACGACGACCUCUUGGCAACGUGCUUGCGCGAACUGGACAAUGACGACAGCGUGGUGGACUACGACCUCCCCGACGAAGACAUAGCGUCGCUCAUGGAGGUCCUCCACGCCGCCGACUCCAGGACCGACACGUCGUCUCAGACGAAGAAGAAGCGCAACCGAAAGCGAGCAGCCCAUGAACUCGUGUACUUGCGCGAUCAAGUCCUGGAAUAUACGCGGCGGCUGGGGGACCUACAGGCACGCACGCUUCCUCGCAGCCCAGAGUCAUGGGUGUGGCAAGAACGGUCGUUGCGCCAGGCUUGUGAGCGCAAGUCUGCCGAAGACGAAAACGUAGCCUUGAAGGACCUGUUGCAACGCCAAGUCAAGGUGGCAGAAUCGCUCAUGAAGAUUGUCAGCAAACGGCCGCGGUUGGCCGAGAUGACGUAUCUGGACAAGUGGACGCAGUCGUCGCGGACGCUCGUGGUUGAUCCUGUGGAACGACGGGAUAUGUUCCAUCGGCUUCUCGACGGUCAGUACAGUCGCCUCGAGAAUGUGUUGAUUGCGCAGCGCCUUCUUGACUCGAGUGAAGCCGUCACGAAGACGGAAGUGUCGUACGACGAGCAUUCGCGCGAUAUUGUCUUUGAUUUUGUCGUCACCGAUGUUGCGGCAGUGGACUAUUUGGAAUGUGCCCGUGUGUUGUGGAGCAUGUACGGGGACGCGUACGAAACCGAGUUUGACAUAACUGAGCCGCUCGAGUCGCUGGACGAGAACGCGAUGCUCGUCAAGAUGCUGCUCAAGUUCCGCAAGUUUGGCCUGGUGGUGCACCAGCACAUGGGAUGUAAGCGAUACUUUGAGCACAAUCGCGUGGUGAUGGUGUUUGACUCGAUCUUGGACGACCCCAUCCAUCCAUACCCCCCGGGGGUAUACGUUGCCCGAGAGACGUCGUGGUAAUCACGGCAAGACGUGCCUUUCACUUGUUGACAGGUGGUGGUACACAUAUAUGUAUGUAGGUUGACAGUGACCCGCGAAGGCGAUAACAAGUGCUCAAUGCAAUUCUACUGUCAUGGCAGCCUCCCUUGCAAGUCGUCAUCCACGGAACGAAUGGAGGAUGAGGCCGAUGACGUGGAUGGAGUGCGUACGAUGGCUUUUGCUGAACACAUGAUGGAUUGCUAUAAACGCAGCCUUGACUUGCUCGGACUGUACCUCCAUGGCCAGCUCAAGAUGCUACCGACGCCGCACGACCCGUCGCAGGCCCUAGAAUUGGCCUAAUCUAUCUACUAGUAAAUGUACGACUGUGGGGUAUGGCUA